GGCUGAAACCAUAUAAGCAAGUACUUCUCUUUCACUUCAAAGUUGUUGUUGUCAGCAACAACCUUCUUUUCUUUCUUCUUUUUUCUGUAGUCCUGUCUCCGUCUCUCGUGCUUUCUUCCAAUUUCGCUUUUUUUAUCACUACAGAAAUUAGCUACAAAAAGAUGUCAAUGAUGUACGAACAGUUCAGUGAUGAAGAGAAGAGGAUAAGAGAGUGGUUGAGCCAAGAAGAAGCUUCCUUGGAGUGUCUCGCGCCUAUGGCUGCCUCUAAAUUACCACUAGAAGGACAGGAAUCAAUACCAUCACAUACACUGCGAGGAAUAGAACCUUUUUCAGUCGCUCCACCAUCACCGCCAACACUGCAUGUCAACAACAGAAGCUUCUACGGAGGAAGACUGCAGCAAGCAGCUCCAAUCGUAGGCGACACACAAUUGAGGUCUACAAGUGAAAUUCCUCCUCCUUUUAAUAGCAUAUUCAAGUUCGAAACGUUCAAUGUAAUUCAAUCGAAAUGUCUUGAUGAUGCGUUUUACGAGAAUAACAAUUUGGUUAUUUCAGCCCCAACUGGUUCUGGUAAAACGGUUCUGAUGGAGCUAGCAAUAAUUCGUACAGUGCUGCAAAAAGGAAGUAAUUGUAAAAUCAUUUACAUGGCUCCAACAAAAAGUCUCUGCAAUGAAAGAGUCAAGGACUGGGAACAAAAGUUUCACACUUUUGGUAUCAAAUGUAAAGAAUUCACAGGUGAUACACAUAAUCAUACUAUUGCGAGCAUCAAAGAUACUACUAUAAUAGUUACCACACCAGAAAAGUGGGAUUCUUUGACAAGACGUUGGAUCGAUCACAAACAGUUGAUGCAGCUCAUCAGUCUUUUCUUGGUCGAUGAAGUGCAUAUAUUGAAUGAGAAACGCGGUGCUUGUCUAGAAACCUGCGUCAGCAGAAUGAAGACAAUGGAAACCAGUUUACGCUAUAUGGCUGUCUCAGCAACUGUACCUAAUUUAAUCGAUAUUGCUACUUGGUUGAACGCUAAACCUAUUGCCUUUUCCGAAGAAUAUCGUCCUAUCCGUUUAGAGCGCUUUGUCUACAGCUAUCCUCAAAUGGACGGCAACAUGUUUUCCUUUGAUCAAAAGCUUAACUGGAAGCUCUUAGACAUUAUCCAGAAACAUAGUCAAGAAAAACCUGUUCUUGUUUUCUGUGGUACAAGAAAAUCUGCUGAACAAGCAUGUCAGGCCAUAUUAAAAGUAAUGGAUAACAAGAAUAUACAGACGCUAUUAAGCAAUGAGAAUACUCCGUCAACCAUGAACAAUCCUUUAAAAAAUAAGAUUCUUCCGAAAAUGGUAGAAAGAGGCAUUGCAUUUCAUCAUGCUGGCCUUGACGUCACUGAUAGAUCUAUUGUUGAGCAGCUGUUUUUGAAUAAGCAAGUCAGAGUAGUAGCAACAACAUCAACUUUGGCGGUCGGUGUCAAUUUUCCUGCCUAUUUGGUCAUAGUAAAAUCAACUCAAGGUUAUCAAAAUGGCUCUUUAAGCGAGUAUUCCGACGUUGAUAUGCUACAAAUGAUGGGGCGUGCUGGUAGACCAGGAUUGGAAUCAUCUGGCUGCGUUGUCAUAUUAACGACAACUUCCAUGGAGCGUCGUUACAAAACGUUAGUAUCAGGUACCACCAACUUGGAAAGCAGACUUCACGAAAACCUGAUUGAACACCUAUUAUCUGAGAUAUGCUUGGGAACAGUUACUGAUGAAGAAACAGCAAUCAAAUGGCUUCGGUCAACCUUCCUGUUUGUGCGUGUUAGCAAAAACUCAAUCCAUUAUAAGCUAAAUUCAUCAGCAACUUCUGCAGAUACCAUAUUGCAAGAAAUCUGCGUGAAAAACUUGGAAUUGUUAGAGAAAAGUAACUUAGUGCAGAGAGCCGCAUAUUCGAAAUUAACAGCGACACCUUAUGGACUGGCAAUGGAUCGCUAUUACUUAAAAUUUCUUACAAUGAUCAAUAUCCUCGAAGCUAGUAAUCCAGCCUCUGUUAGAGAUACGUUGGAACUGUUGAGUAAAUCACAUGAAGAACUCGAUACAGUUCGAUUUAACGCUGGUGAAAAGCAGUUCCUGAACACUUUGAAGAAUCAUGUUAACAUGCGUUUUCCGAUUGACAAAGUCUCUACUGUUGCAGACAAAAUAUUCUUGCUAGUACAGUGUAUUCUCGGCGACAUUCCUCUUUAUAAUAGUGGAAGCAGUAUAUUACUAUUAGAAGCAAAUACUAUUAUCAAACACCUGAGUCGAAUUACUAAAUGUUUGAUUGAUUGCAGUGUUCAAGCAAGAAACCCCAUUAAGCUCAAAUAUGCAUUCGAGUUAUACCAAAGUAUUCAGGCUAAACGUUGGUCCACUUCACCUUAUAUAUCUCGUCAAAUAGAUGGUAUCGGUCCUCAGUUUGCCAAGGCACUUGUACAAGCCAAUUUGACAACUUUUGAACAAUUGCGGAACUGCGAUCCAGGGCACUUAGAAAUGGUGCUUCACCGAAAUCCACCGUUUGGUAUAAAGAUCAAAAAGCAGAUCAACUGUAUUCCUGAUUUUUUUUUAAACGUGACAAAGAUACCCCAGCAGUCUAAAAGGCAUCCUCAAAGCGGUAAUGAGAUCCUGAGACUACAUAUAGUCCUUGGUUUAAAAAAUGACGAAGUUAUCCGCGGUAAACAUGGUAGAAUCUAUCAUGCACAAUUCUGGGUUUAUACUUCACAUAGAGAAUUAGUGGAUUUCAGGCGUAUCCAAUUAUCAAAACUUCAAGCGAAAAAGCAGGAAUUCGACUUGGCAGUAGAGAUCAAGGUGUCUGAUACUGUGCUAUAUUUCCAACUGCAAAGCGAAGAUAUUGUGGGUGUCGAUGUCAAACAAGAAAUCAAGCUAGUCACAAACCAACAUCCUUUUAUAAAUAGUAUUGAAAGCCCCUACCGCAAAUCCUUGACUAAUUUGGCAGAUAGCAAUACAGUUCAUCACUAUGCUGAUAGAAGUGAUACACCAUUUUCGUUAGGUCAAAGUGCUUCACAACAGCCGCAACAGCAACCUUUGCGAGAAAAGUCUUUGAAUGUAUUCGUCGACAGAAAGAGAAAAGAAGAAGAAGACAAAGAUCAUGAAUUUGAUUUUGAUGAUGAGAAUGAUGAUAUUCAUAUCAAUACCCAGGUCUUAAAAGAGCUUAAUGAUAUUACCAACAAGAAGAAAGCUUCAUCGUUAUUCGAGUCAGCUAAGAUUGCAGUACAAAGCGAGCGGUAUAAUCAGCGAACAAAAAAUAUCAAUAGUAAUAUGACAAUGGGAAACGAUAGUAGCAGCCGCUUCAAUACAAAAAACCAGAAUGCCAGUACUAGUAGCCAACAAAUAUCAGGUACUUGUCAGCCACAACUGAAUCAAGAAAAGAGUAACAAUAACAACAAAACAAAAGCUGGCAAUGUGAGCGUCUUAAAUGAGCCUUGUAAGCAUCAUUGUCGAGAUAAACAAAAGUGUGCUCAUAAAUGCUGUAAGCGGCAUACAAUAACCGCUGCUGAUAUUACGCCUACCACAAUCGCUGCCACUAAUUAUAAAAUUGGUCUAAAGCGCAUCAAUGAGGACGAAGAAGACAGUGAUUCUGAUAAUGGGUGUUAUGAUGUGACAUCUGACUUUUCCGUUCAUAAACGGUUAAAACUAUCUAGGUGUAAAAACCAACAGCAAAAGUGGGCUAAUGGCGGCCAUACAACGGAUGAUGAUGAGGAAUUUCUCCCAGCUCUCACAAAUGAUGAACUUAGCGUGCUGAAUUUAAACGGCAUAGAAUCAAAUCGAGUGCUGAAUAAUAGCAAUGACAUUAAUAUCAGCAAUAUCAAUCUUUCGCACGGCUUGAAAGCUAGAGAGAAGGUGAACUUUGAUCCGAUUGAUGAGUUCGACGGUUCAUUUCCAUUCGAUCAACAUCUUAUUGAUGAUAUCAAUACCAGCGCCUUUAUCGACUCAACAACUAAAUAUAAUUGUAGUAAAAAGAGGCAAACACUAGCUGUUGAGCCGCCUAUGCCACCGUUAUCGAUCAACAACGAUAAUGACAGCGAAGAUUCUAUUAUCGAAGCGUGUGAUUGUGACCAAUUAUGGGAAAAUGUUGGUAGAAUAGCUCAAAGAGCCUUUGAGAACUCCCAGCUUGUACCAGGUAAUGGUCAUAGCAAUCUUUUGAAGAAGACCGAAAACGACUGUGGUGUAGUCAGGAAACCAUUCAAGUCUCAAACGCUGGCUGAAUGGAUCGAACAUAAUGUAGAGAUUAUACCUUAAAUUAUAAAGCUAGACAAAUGAUCAAAUACUUUUAUGCUUACUAUUUGUUCAAAGAGAUAUACUGCAGCAAAAUGGCUCUUGCAACAAAUAAAAAUAGGGUUUAAACCUAUUCUGUUAUAAACGGACCCUGAAUUCAUUUGGUGGAACAUUAGGGUUAUUCCAGCUGCACAAGAUGUAUCUGUUC